AGGGGUACAUUACUACAGGCAUCGUCACUGAGGAAGUUUGUUAUCGCAACUGCUGCUAACGGCUAACGAGCUAGAAAGUAAACAAGAGUGAGGCGUGAGAUGAUUUAACUAACGCUAAGGUGUAAAGUACUUCACUGUUGCAACUAUGAAGGAAGAUAAAGAAAAUGCUCGCCCUAAGGACAUAAGGGCUGAAGAUGGCGAAAAGUCUGAGAGGUCAAAGGAAAAGAAAGAGACCAUGACAAAGAUCAUCAUCAGACGAUUACCACCAACUAUCACCAAGGAGGAGCUAGAGGAACAGUUGCAACCACUUCCUGAGGUGGACUAUAUGGAGUUUUUCUCAAAUGACACCAGCCUGUACCCUCAUCUCUUUGCAAGAGCUUACAUUAACUUUAAAAAUCAGGAAGACAUUGUGUUGUUCAGAGAUCGGUUUGAUGGAUAUGUAUUUAUUGAUAGCAAAGGGCAGGAGUAUCCUGCUAUUGUGGAGUUUGCUCCUUUUCAAAAAACAGCCAAAAAAAGAACUAAGAAAAAGGAUGCCAAAUGUGGAACAAUAAUAGAAGAUCCUGAUUACAAAAAGUUUCUUGAUUAUUACAAUGGAAAUGAUGAGAAACUGAUAUCCACACCUGAAACAUUGCUGGAGGAGAUUGAAGCAAAAUCCAAAGAACUUGGAAAAAAAUCAACUCCUCUGCUUGACUUCUUAAAGAACAAACAGAGACUGCGGGAGGAAAAGAAAGAGGAAAGAAGAAGAAGAGAACUGGAGCGCAAGCGUCUUCGCGAUGAAGAGCGGCGAAAGUGGAGGGAGGAGGAAAGGAAAAAGCGCAAAGAAACAGAGAAAUUGAAACGGCUUGAAAAGACUCCAGAGAAAGACAAGGACCAAGUCAAAGAUGAACCUAAAAUCAAGUUACUCAAAAAGCCAGAGCGUUCUGAUGAUGGAGAGUCUGAAAAAUCUAGAGAAAAGCUCAAGAAACCAGAGAGGCCAAAUAAAGAAGACCGACCAGUUGUAAUUGCUGACCAGAAGAGACGUCAGACCCAUGACCAUAAAGAGGAUCGAGGCAGAAAAGAUGAAGAAGGGAGAAAAGAAUACAAAGAACAUGUGGAUCGUGACAGAGACAGAGAUAGGGAUCGAGAAAGAGAGAUGCGAGACAGAGAGAAAGAACGGAGACUAAAAGAAAAGGAGCGCCUCAGGCGUCAGGAUGAUGAGCGCAGAAGGCGGAGAGAGCGCCAAGAUGGAGAAAAUGCUUACAAAAAGAGAGAAGAUGAGUUUAAAAGGGAAAAAGAGCAUGGCGCAGAAAAGAAAAAGUUAGUAAACACGACAGACUGUCCUCACAAUGAAAAAUCCACCAAAGAAAACAAGAAGGAGGAUGGUGUUAAAAGAGAACGGCUACGGAACAAGGACCGUCCAGCUAUUCAGUUGUACCAGCCUGGCGCUCGAAGCCGCAAUCGUUCCGCUGUGACUGGAGCUGCUGACCCUACAGACAAGAAGGCCGAUUCUGAAACCACAAGGGUCCAGGAGAAAGGAAAUGACUGAGGGCCAUAGCAUCCAGCAUCUGUGUAGAAAUAUGUCAGCACUAUUAGUGGCUGAGCAUCAUUUCAAUCUCGCCUAAUUAGUCUUGUUAUGUUCAGAUUUAAUUCCAAGACUUUGCAUCUGAGCACUUGUUGCUGCUUGAUGGAAAACUAUAUGAAAGUGUGUUCAGGAGAUAAUUUUAGACUAAUCCAGCAAUGGCCUUUUCUAUUGUAAUCCCCAAAUGCUGCUCCUUUUUCAAGUCUGUAACCAACUGUACAGAACAUAUACUGACAACAUUUGUAGAAGUUGACUUGUCUUAUUAUUACAAUAAAAGUAAAUCUUGAUUAGAACACACAA